AUGACUAAUCAGAAAUUAUCAUGUGAUGUGGACGAUAUAACAGCACGAGCUAUCGGGGAUUUUGGACCUUGGCAAUUGCGAAUCAGUGUCCUAAUGGCGUUAUUGAAAUUGCCUAUGGCUUGGUAUCAGUUGAAUAUAAUAUUCAUGGCUCCGCCACAAGAUUUCUGGUGCGAAAAACCUUAUGAACUUUCAAAAUAUUCGGAUGAUGAAUGGCGAAGAAUGUGCUUACCUCACAUAGAAGAAUAUCCGUGUCUGAUAUUUGAUCCAGACUUGCUAGCGAUGGUACCGCCUUUAGACCGAAGCCUUAUACCACUGGUGAAGUGUAAAAAGUUUAUUUACAACGAAACGGUGUUUCGUAGAACUAUUACUUCUGACUGGAAUUUAGUAUGCUCACAGCACUGGCUUGUGCAUGGUUCUGUAGCAGCGUUAUACCUGUAUUCCGGAGAAUUGUUUCCAACCCUAGGCCGUAACGCUGGUGUGGGUGGAGUCACAACAUUUGCUCGUAUCGCUGCAUUAGUGGCUCCUGCUGUAGUCAGCCUGGACAGUAUUUUGCCAGACCUGCCCAUGAUGUUGCUGGCCGCAGUUAGCAUCGCUCAGAUAUUCUUAAUCGUGCCUUUGCCGGAGACUAAAGACUAUCCAUUACCGGAUACGUUAGAGCAGGCCGAGCAAUUUACAAGGUAA